AUGUCUCCUGCGUCCACCAUAACACCACUCGCGCCGCGUACACCAGACGCAUACACAACCGCCCAUCACAUCGGCAAUCCACCAACUUCCUUCAAGAACCCAUGGCCCUCCUACAAACCCAGCGGCAUAGCCACCGCCGUGCGCACACGCUUCACGACACCCAAAAACUUUGUCCCUGUCCCCAGCGACCGCGUCGGCCUCGUCCAGGUCCGCAAGCCCGAUUUCAACACCACCCGCAACGGGCUCAAGGCAACAUGGAUCGGCCACGCAAGUUUCCUGCUCGAAACAACCCGUUCAGACUCUAGCGAGCGAGGCAUGCGCCUCCUCAUCGACCCCGUCUGGAGCGAGCGCGUAGGACCCUACGGCAUGGUGGGCCCCGUACGCUUCACACCACCGCCCUGCACCAUCGACGACCUACCCCACAUCGACGCCGUAUGCAUAAGCCACGACCACUACGACCACCUCGACUCGGACACGCUGCGCAAGCUCAACAAGAAGCAGAACGGCGACCUGCGCAUCUUCUGCGGCCUAAACGUCAAACCCGUCAUCACGGGGCUCGGGACUGGCAUCACAGCCGACCAAGUCGAGGAGCUGGACUGGUGGAACGGCGUGACGCUCUCAAAGCAAGGCGUCGGAAGCGUAGACGUAAUAUGCACGCCUGCCCAACACCGCUCCGGUCGCGCGCCCUGGAACUUUGACGCUACACUCUGGUGCAGCUGGGUGCUUCGCGAGGCCUCCUCCUCUUCCCACCCAGCACCACCCAAGUCGCUGUUUUUCGCCGGUGACACAGGAUACUGCCAUGUUAACUCUGACGACCAGUACUCGCACCACGACGCCCCGCACCCUCCUUGUCCCGCUUUCAAAGACAUAGGCAUCCUAUAUGGCCCCUUUGAUCUCGCCUUGUUACCGGUCGGUUGCUUCAAGCCGCGCUCAGUGCUGUCGGGCCAACAUGCUAGUCCGGAGGAUUCCGUGGCAAUACAUAGGGAUGUGAGGAGUAAGAGGAGUGUGGGCAUGCAUUUUGGCACGUUUAGAGGCGGCUUCUCCGUCAAUUACGAGCCGGUUACUGAACCGCCGGAGCGCUGGCGAAAAUGUGCAGAGGCAGAGGGGUUGGAGUGGGGGGUGGAGAUUGGGCUGUGUGAUGUUGGGGAGACGGUGGUGGUGGAAUAGGAAAUCUUCUGCUUUG